GUCGGCUGUGUCCUCGGGCCAAGGUGUGGGAGCUAUAAUCUGGGCGUGUCCUCACACCCGGCUGUGACCUGGACUCUAGACCCGGAGCUGACAAUCCGUUAUUCCAAACCCCUCCCCCUCCUCCCCACAACCAAAUAGAAUGCGGAAAAUAAGUCAUGAAAAUGGGAAGUGUACGCCAGGACUGGGGGCCACACUGUACCUGUGCUCGGGGCCCCGUCAUCUGGCAGCUCUGCAGAGACAACACCCCUGAACACAUCCGGAGACAAACACCCUACACACUGGUUGUACUGACAGCCGGGAGGGGCCGCCUGCAACGCCAUACACUUUACCCACACCUUAUACUGUACCCACACGUACCCACACGUUACACUGUACCCACACGUUACACUGUACCCACACGUUACUCUGUACCCACACGUUACUCUGUACCCCCAUGUUACACUGUACCCCCAUGUUACACUGUACCCACACCUUAUACUGUACCCACACGUUACACUUUACCCACACGUUAUACUGUACCCCCAUGUUACACUGUACCCACACGUUACACUGUACCCACACGUUACACUGUACCCACACGUUAUACUGUACCCCCAUGUUACACUGUACCCACACGUUAUACUGUACCCACACAUUAUACUGUACCCCCAUGUUACACUGUACCCACACGUUACACUGUACCCACACGUUACACUGUACCCACACGUUAUACUGUACCCCCAUGUUAUACUGUACCCACACGUACCCACACGUUAUACUGUACCCACACAUUAUACUGUAAUCACACAUUACACUGUACCCCCAUGUUACUCUGUACCCACACGUACCCACACGUUAUACUGUACCCCCAUGUUACACUGUACCCACACGUUACACUGUACCCACACGUUACACUGUACUCACACGUUACACUGUACCCCCAUGUUACACUGUACCCACACGUUACACUGUACCCACACAUUAUACUGUAAUCACACAUUACACUGUACCCCCAUGUUACUCUGUACCCACACGUACCCACACGUUAUACUGUACCCCCAUGUUACACUGUACCCACACGUUACACUGUACCCACACGUUAUACUGUACCCCCAUGUUACACUGUACCCACACGUUACACUGUACCCACACGUUAUACUGUACCCCCAUGUUACACUGUACCCACACGUUACACUGUACCCACACAUUAUACUGUACCCACAUGUUACACUGUACCCACAUGUUACACUGUACCCACGCGUUAUACUGUAAUCACACAUUACACUGUACCCCCAUGUUACUCUGUGCCCACAUGUUACUCUGUGCCCACACAUUAUACUGUACCCACAUGUUACACUGUACCCACACGUUACACUGUACCCACACGUUACACUGUACCCACACAUUAUACUGUAAUCACACAUUACACUGUACCCCCAUGUUACUCUGUACCCCCAUGUUACUCUGUACCCACACGUACCCACACGUUAUACUGUACCCCCAUGUUACACUGUACCCACACGUUACACUGUACCCACACGUUACACUGUACUCACACGUUACACUGUACCCCCAUGUUACACUGUACCCACACGUUACACUGUACCCACACAUUAUACUGUAAUCACACAUUACACUGUACCCCCAUGUUACUCUGUACCCACACGUACCCACACGUUAUACUGUACCCCCAUGUUACACUGUACCCACACGUUACACUGUACCCACACGUUAUACUGUACCCCCAUGUUACACUGUACCCACACGUUACACUGUACCCACACGUUAUACUGUACCCCCAUGUUACACUGUACCCACACGUUACACUGUACCCACACAUUAUACUGUACCCACAUGUUACACUGUACCCACAUGUUACACUGUACCCACGCGUUAUACUGUAAUCACACAUUACACUGUACCCCCAUGUUACUCUGUGCCCACAUGUUACUCUGUGCCCACACAUUAUACUGUACCCACAUGUUACACUGUACCCACAUGUUACACUGUACCCACGCGUUACACUGUACCCACGCGUUAUACUGUACUCACACGUUAUACUGUACCCCCAUGUUACACUGUACCCACACGUUACACUGUACCCACACGUUAUACUGUACCCACACGUUACACUGUACCCACAUGUUACACUGUACCCACAUGUUACACUGUACCCACGCGUUUUACUGUAAUCACACAUUACACUGUACCCCCAUGUUAUUCUGUGCCCACAUGUUACUCUGUGCCCACACGUUACUCUGUGCCCACACGUUACUCUGUGCCCACAUGUUACACUGUACCCACAUGUUACACUGUACCCACGCGUUAUACUGUAAUCACACAUUAAACUGUACCCCCAUGUUACUCUGUGCCCACAUGUUACUCUGUACCAUGUUACUCUGUACCCACACAUUAUACUGUACCCACAUGUUACACUGUACCCACAUGUUACUCUGUGCCCACACAUUAUACUGUACCCACAUGUUACACUGUACCCACACGUUACACUGUACCCACAUGUUACACUGUACCCACGCGUUAUACUGUAAUCACACAUUAAACUGUACCCCCAUGUUACUCUGUGCCCACAUGUUACUCUGUACCAUGUUACUCUGUACCCACACAUUAUACUGUACCCACAUGUUACACUGUACCCACAUGUUACACUGUACCCACACAUUAUACUGUACCCACAUGUUACACUGUACCCACAUGUUACUCUGUGCCCACACAUUAUACUGUACCCACAUGUUACACUGUACCCACACGUUACACUGUACCCACAUGUUACACUGUAAUCACACAUUAAACUGUACCCCCAUGUUACUCUGUGCCCACAUGUUACUCUGUACCAUGUUACUCUGUACCCACACAUUAUACUGUACCCACAUGUUACACUGUACCCACAUGUUACACUGUACCCACACAUUAUACUGUAAUCACACAUUACACUGUGCCCACAUGUUACACUGUGCCCACAUGUUACUCUGUACCCAUAUGUUACUCUGUACCCACACAUUAUACUGUACCCACGCGUUAUACUGUAAUCACACAUUACACUGUGCCCACAUGUUACUCUGUACCCAUAUGUUACUCUGUACCCACACGGACGUGGGGAUUCGUGAUCGAGAUACAAAACAGCACAAGAGAAUAUACACAGUGGUCUGAGGUUACAGGUACAGGUAGUAUGGGUACAGCAGGGUUAAACAAUAGGUCAGUUUACCAGAUAUAUGAGUCCUUUGGGUAGUGAUGAGUUCUUAGUU